UGCGUUCAUCCUGAUUCAGUCGUUUGAGAGCGAUGAAUUUGAAUUGAAGACAUAUUCGAUGUGGUUAGCGUCAUUUACAAGGUUUGCCUCACAGUGAGGAGAGUGUGGUUUACAUCGGUUCCAUUUUUUUUUGCAAGUAACAUUUCGCACAAUUCUUAAGCGAUUUAGUAUCCUUUUCCGAUUUCUUGAAAUUUUCCCAAAAGCAUAGUGAUAACUGUGUGAUACAAACAGUUUGCAAAAUGCUAAAACCAUUAGUUCUUUUACCGCUGUUUUUGACAAGUGUAUAUUUUGGAGGAAACCAGCCUUUCAACAUACCGUAUUCACCGGCGGCCGCUUUGUUUGGUUCCGAUGGCCAUUUCGUCUGCAACGCUGUUAUUCUGACGAAAACUAACGUUAUUACCUCAACCGACUGUUUGAUGCGAAAAUUUGAUGAUCGAUACGCGCUUGGAUGCCCACAGGACUUUCACGUCGUUCUGGGAGUCUACAGCAUCGAACCAUUCGACGUUGGAGGUCUAUUUGCCCGCCGAUCGUCCACUGACGAAGCGGAAUGUUUGCAGGAAACCUGUCCGAAAUCUGAUGAGUAUGGGGGAAAUUUGAUGCAUCAUCGCGUCAGUAUUCGAAGCUACCUUCUUAAACCGGAGCAGAACGAGGAUUCAUUGUCCGAAUUGGUUAUUUUGGAAAUGUCCGACAAUGAUUUGUUGAAACAGCUGGCCGUAGGAGGGAACUAUGAUUUAACCCUGAGUCCAUCGGCGAAGAAAUUCAAUGUAAAAGUAAUGGUAUAUGGAUGGGGUUACAUUAGAAAUUUAGGUACCGAAAUGUCCUUUUACGACAUUCAGGCGAUCGAGAUGCUGCUCCUACAUCAAACCAUUUGCGUGAAUCUUUAUGCGAACAAAUUCAAACCUGAUCAGCAUUUAUGCCUAAUGCCGAGCACAAGUGCCACGCUGUGUUCUGGAUUCGCAGGCGCUCCGAUAGUCUUGGAUGGGAAGCUGAUUGGGAUCGUUCAGGGUGGAGAUAUCGCGUGCAGCAGCAAAUCACCUGUUGUGGGAACUCGACUUGGCCCAUUCAAGGAUUACUUCAAACUUUAAUCUGAGAUUUUUGAACAUUAUUCGAACAGCGUUUGGAUAUACUUUUUUUUGGUUUGAAUAUGACAAAAAAUGCCAUCCUCUCGAAGUAUUUUAUAUGUAUGCACGCUAGAUAGAAAAGCUUGAAAAUAGCAAUUUUCUUUUCCAUUUAUAUAGAACUCGC